AAGACGUUGUCAUCAAAGGUGUCGUUGAGAUGGUGGAAACUGAAAGAGCAUCUCAGUCUCAGUCUCAGCCUCUCUCUGAUGACGGUGAUUCUACAGGAGCGUCAACCAACUUGUCUCGAUUGCAAAUCAAUGAGAUUGUUGAAAAGGCCGUUCCUAAAAGGAAAGGAGACCGUUUAGUUGGGCUGGCCCGCCGUGCUUCUUCGUAUCCGACAUCUUCUUCGCAAGCUCCGUAUGCCGAUCCCAUGAUUCUCGAGGAGCUGCAUGACAAAGAUGAACGGAUUGUGGCAUUGGAGCAGCAAAACGCCACUAUCCUUACCGAGAACCAAACCAUCCUUGCUGAGCUGGCAUCGCAAAAGAAGACCACGCAGAGAUCAUGGAGAAGCUAAACCGUUUGUUUCCUUCGAUCAGUUCUUAGUUUUUUCUGAAUUUUAAAACUUUCUGAAUGUUUUUUUUUCUAUUUCGGUUUGUAUGAAU